CAACCAGACUCCAGGGAGAGAUUUCACAGCAUUGCACAGCAAGCUCUCUUAUCCUUCAUCCUUUCUGUCGAUGAAAAUAAAAACAGAGGGAGGCGGAGGUGAGGCGCCGAAGGAAAGAUGGAAGACUACCAGGCUACCGAGGAGACUGCUUUUGUUGUUGAUGAAGUGAGCAACAUUGUAAAACGAAAUGUUGCUCACUUCAUAGAAAGUGCCAUCGGUGGCAACGCCUAUCAGCACAGCAAAGUGAAUCAGUGGACCACAAAUGUAGUGGAGCAAAGCUUAAGCCAACUCACCAAGCUGGGGAAACCAUUUAAAUACAUUUUGACCUGUGUAAUCAUGCAGAAGAAAGGGGUGGGAUUGCACAUGGCAAGUUCCUGCUUCUGGGACAGCUCUACUGAUGGGAGCUGCACUGUGCGAUGGGACAACAAGACCAUGUACUGCAUUGUCGGUGCCUUUGGGCUGUCCAUUUGACCGCCUCGUCCAGCCUGUGAUCUUUCUCCUUUUGUCCCAACAUUUCUCUUCCAUCUUCUAACCACCAGCCAUCUAGUCAGUAAUCACCUGUCUCAC